AUGGAGAGACUUUUUCUUUCUGAGACAUGCAAGUGGAUUCUUUGGUGUAUGCUAUUUUCAUCCUUCCAAAAUGCCACUGUUCCUCUAUCUGGUUCUCUUGGUACUUGGGCUUCAUUGUGCACCACCUAACAGCUCUGAAGGCAAAGUAACCACCUGCCAUUUUCCCCAACAAAAUGCCACUCUCUAUAAGAUGUCAUCCAUCAAUGCUGACUUUGCAUUCAACCUGUACCGGAGGUUCACAGUGGAGACCCCAGAUCGGAACAUUUUCUUUUCCCCUGUGAGCAUUUCUGCAGCUUUGGCCAUGCUCUCCACUUGGUCCUGUUCCAGGAUCCAAACUCAAAUCCUGGAAAACUUGGGGUUCAACCUCACAGAUACCCCAAUGGCAGAGAUCCAACAGGGCUUCCAGCACCUGAUCUGUUCACUGAAUUUUCCAAAGAAGGAGCUGGAAUUACAGAUGGGAAAUGCCCUCUUCAUUGGGAAGCAGCUGAAACUGUCACCAAAAUUCUUGGAUGAUGUAAAAAACCUCUAUGAGACUGAAGUCUUUUCUACCAACUUCUCCAAUGUUUCUGCAGCCCAGCAGGCAAUCAACAGUCAUGUGGAGAAGCAAACCAAAGGGAAAGUUGUGGGCCUUAUCCAAGGCCUCAAACCAAACACUAUCAUGGUCCUGGUGAACUAUAUUCACUUUAAUGCCCAGUGGGCAAAUCCUUUUGAUCCAUUCAAGACAGAAGAGGGUUCCAGAUUCUUAGUGGACAAGACCACAACAGUGCAAGUGCCCAUGAUGCACCAGAUGGAACAAUACUAUCACCUGGUUGAUACAGAGCUGAACUGCACGGUGCUGCAAAUGGACUAUAGCAAGAAUGCUCUGGCCCUCUUUGUCCUUCCCAAGGAGGGCCAGAUGAAGUGGGUGGAAGGGGCCAUGUCAUCUAAAACACUGAAGAAGUGGAACCGCUUACUGCAGAAGGGGUGGAUUGACUUUUUUGUUCCAAAGUUUUCCAUUUCUGCUACAUAUGACCUUGGAGCCAUCCUGCUGAACAUGGGCAUCCAGUAUGCCUUUGCUGACAAUGCAGAUUUUCUUGAACUCACAGAAGACAAUGGUCUUAAACUUUCCAAAGCUGCCCACAAGGCUGUGCUGCACAUUGGGGAAAAGGGAACCGAAGCUGUAGCAGUCCCUGAAGUCAGGUUUCUGGAUCAGGCCGAGAUAACUCUCCUUCACCCUAUCAUCCAAUUAGAUAGAUCUUUCCUGUUGUUGAUCUUGGAGAAAAAUACCAGGAGCAUUCUCUUUCUAGGGAAAGUUGUGGAUCCAACGAAAGUGUAGUUGAGAGAGAAGCUGUAAGCUAAUUGCAUGUAAUCAAUGCAAUGGAAAAUAAAUGGUAUAGCUUCAUAGGAUUAUGUGUUCUGAAUGUGCUUCCCUUUGAGCAGGGGUGAAUGACUGGACCCUAGUUGAACUGCACUGGCUGUGAAAGAGGCCACUCCUGUGACCAGAUUUUCAGGUAGUCAAUGAGUGAGUGUCUCAUUACCCGAAUCCCAGAAAGGCCCCGUAUCAGUGCAUUCUUCUUUAUCAGAAAUAUCCCUAGUUAGCUCCAAAGAAUUUGACUGGGUUGGCAAAUGCCCCCUCUUCUGUCUUCUAGAGAAUAGUUGAAAUGCAAAUCAGGUCCUUAUAUCCCGUAUUCUAAUAAUAUCAAUAAAUAUAAAA